CGCCCCGGAGCUGGUGGGGGGUGGGGGAUGGGUGGGCCGGACUCAGUGGGGGUCGAGCGCUCGGACAUUGCCCGGGAAGGUGCCGGACUUUGGCCAGGCCGGGUGGACACUGCCCCAGGGAGGGGCCGGAGCGGCCUGGGAGGGGCUGAGGGUGGGCCAGGGUGGCCUGAGGGUCAUCCAAGGGGUCCAGUGUGGCCUGAGGGUCAUCUGGAGUGGCCUGAGGGUCAUCUGAGGUGGUUCAGGGUGGCCUGAGGGUCAUCCAGUGUGGUCCAGUGGUCAUUCAAGGUGGCCCAAGGUUGCCCAAGGUUCAUUCAGCGUUGUCCAGUGUUGCCUGGUGUCCAUCCGAGGUGGCCCAAGUCCAUCUGAAGUGGCCCAAGAUCCACCCAGUGUCCAUCCGAGGUGGCCCAACGUUCAUCCGAGGUGGCCCAAGAUCUAUCCGAGGUGGCCCAGCGUCCAUCUGAGGUGGCCAAAGUCCAUCUGAAGUGGCCCAACACGCAUCCGAGGUGGCCCAAGGUCCAUUCAAGGUUCAUUGAAGGUGGCCCAAUGUCCAUCCGAGGUGGCCCAAGUUCCAUCCGAGGUGGCCCAAGAUCUAUCCAAGGUGGCCCAAAGUCCAUUCAAGGCUCAUUGAAGGUUGCCCAAUGUCCAUCCGAGGUGGCCCAACACGCAUCCAAGGUGGCCCAGCGUCCAUCUGAGGUGGCCAAGCGUCCAUCCGAGGUGGCCCAAUACGCAUCCAAGGUGGCCCAAAGUCCAUUCAAGGUGGUCCAAGAUCAAUCCGAGGUGGCCCAAGGUCCAUCUGAGGUGGUCCAACGUUCAUCCGAGGUGGCCCAAUACGCAUCCAAGGUGGCCCAAAGUCCAUUCAAGGCCAUUCGGGGUCCAUUGAAGGUGGCCCAACAUCCAUCCGAGGUGGCCCAGCGUCCAUCUGAGGUGGCCCAACACGCAUCCAAGGUGGUCCAAGAUCAAUCCGAGGUGGCCCAAGGUCCAUCUGAGGUGGCCAAGCGUCCAUCUGAGGUGGCCCAACAUGCAUCCAAGGUGGCCCGAGUCCAUCCGAGGUCGUCCAAGGUCCAUCCGAGGUGGCCCAAUGUCCAUCUGAGGUGGCCCAAGAUCUAUCCAAGGUGGUCCAACGUUCAUUCCAGGCCAUUCAAGGUUCAUUGAAGGUUGCCCAGUGUCCAUCCCAGGUGGCCCAACUCCAUCCA